CAUCUAUCCAAUUUAGGAGCCGAUGCUACAACCAAAGAGCACACAGGAGUUUAAAGUCCUUUUUCACAUUCAAUACAGACGAGGAUUUUGUGUAUAGUGUUGAACAACGGUGAAAACUUACUCAGAGAACCAAAUGCAAUCGAGGAUGUUGCCCCAACUUUGCCGACUCAUCUUUAAACCUCAGUUGUGUUCUUGUAUUUUACACCACACUGUGAUCCUACUCAUUCUGACAGAUAUUGCGACAGUGACUAAUGUCAAAAGUGGCAUAGAGGAUCCACCUGAUGGAAGGAAUGGUACAGACUUUGCUGCAAAAUUUUACAUCCUCAGUGUGGCGCAUGUUACUUUUAGUGGCUUUGUUGCUGUCGCUUUGUUUUCCGGAGGUAUCGCUUUUUUCUGUAAAUGCAAAAAGCCAAAACUCGCUAAGCUGCAGGGACGAGCUCAGAAGACACAGGAAGAGCUGAACGUAUUGUCAGAGCUCUACACUCAACUGUUGGAACUGAAGAGGGGAAAUCACCAAGUAAAGGAAGAAUUCAGACUGUUAGACGAGACAAAUAAAGAGCUGGCAGAGAACAAAGAGAAGCUUCAGCUGGUAGAGAUCAAAAUAGCACAGACAGAGAAAGAAAAAGAGACAGACAAAACAGAAAGAUACUUAGAGGAAAAACAAAGUCUCCUGACUGCUCAGCGUAAACUGGAAAAGAGAAAGGAAGAACUGGAGAAUCUACAACUGAAUAUGGAGAAACAGCUGCAGCAAAUAGAGGAUAUAAUAAGCAGAAUGAGAGAAAGGAAGACAAAAUCAGAAUGCGUUUUAGAGGUGAUUGACUUGAGGCUGGAGGAGGUAGAAUGUUAAAGUGAUACAACUUGUCUUGUCAUAGAGCAGUGAGAAAGAAAUAAUUUACUGCUACUUUACUGUUUACUACUAAUACCACUACAGUUGAUUUUAAAUCAAGCAACAAACAUGUGAUUAAAGUGCAGAAUUUAACCUUGAUUCAAAUCAUUUAGCAAAACCUUUUCACUGUCAUUCAUAUAUAUACAGUGUCUGAUUUUCAGGUGCUCAAAUGUGAUUGGACCGUUGAUAGUUGUAAAUGCAAGAUUGCUUCUAAUAAUUGGAAGAACUUCUUUUUCUAUUAAUGCCUGUCUAAACCCAGACUCCAUCCAAUAUAGGUUUUGCUGCAGUUGCCUUUCAUUGCUGCUUGUUUGUUAACCUCUUUAUGUUCAGUUUUGUCUUCAAAACGUCUGAAAAGCAUGCUCUGUUGCUUGUACGCAUUUACUGAUUUUGCUGCUUUUAAUUUGUUUCAUAAAAACUCAAAUUCAUCAACA